UGUGCCUUGGGGAGUGCUGCAUCCGGGAGAAGUGAAAUUCCGCGGUGGAAGUGAGUGGAAAAGUGCGAAAUUUGGGUUUAUCUGUGGUGACCCUUCCGUGGAUCGUCGAAAAGGGGGUGAUUUCUUUUUUCUUGCUGCGCUGCUUCCCUUCACUCUUGGUCGGGUUGUGGAAGCUGCUGGGGGUGGAUGGCGGAGGAGGAAUACCAGCAGCAGCAGCAAGAUUUUUCAUCCAUCCAGUGGAGCAAGCAGCAGCCAGCUAGAGCUAGUCAGUCAGCCUGUCAUCGAUGGUGUUCAGCAGGAAUUUCAUAUGCGAUGAUGAUGACACAUACGAAGCCAGGCGACCAGGAGCGGAUAGUAACGGAAAGAAAGGGAUUAUCGAACGCGCAGAAUUGGAUGCAAGUUGGUGGCGAGAAUUUGGAACUUUUUUGUUGAUAUUUUUCCAGCAUAUCGAAAAAGGAUACAUCGCCUGUAAGUUGAAGACACGGAAAUCCGUCGUUUCUAGCACGCAUUGCCCAUUCGCGGAGCUCUCGGUUUGGCAAAUCUGAAAGAACUUGCCUUUUCGGCGUGUGCUCUCAUCGAUCCCCCCUGUAUUGAGUGCUCAACUGCGAUCUGAAACUGACCGAUCUGGAUCGGUUCGGGGCUACGGACGCGGGCCAACAACAUCCCAGCAACCAGUAUUCGUGAACAACGGUGAUAUUCCACUACCCUAGUGUGCUGUGCAAACAAAAAAGAAGAAGAAAUAACCCAGCCUGCUGAGAAAGCACGGUCGAAGGUUGAAGAAGAAGAAGAAGAAACGUGUCGUCGUCGGCGCAUCCCACUGUGACAGGUGGUGAUCGUGUAAUUUUGUCCUGCGCGCGUGUGUGAGAGAGAAAAGCAAAAGAAAUUAUACCAGUCAAAAAGUGAGUACCGCUCUGCUAAGCGUACUGUGUGAAGCUAAAGUAUCCGCUGAAAUAUUCCAUUCUGUGUUUCCCCACCUUAUUUGGUGCAAUCAUACUCAUCGGCGAAGAAAAAUUUGAGUGAUCUUACUACGUGCUAUCUCUGUUUUCCUUCCGGAAUCUCGUUUGUCUUCGGUAUCUCCGCGGAUUUAGGUGGCCAAGUCUCGCAGUGGUGUGUUGUGUUCCGGCUAGAAGCCUAAGCCUUAAGAAGUGAGUCAACAAGCGGAGAAGCAAAGCAAGAAGAAGAAGGGGAAGAGAGGAGAGGAGUGCAUUCAGUUGUUUUUUCGGUGUGUCCUCCGGCGUCAUCAUGAACGUGAUGAACAAUAGUAGCGGCGACGAGGAGCAGGUCGAGUGCCCACUGUGCAUGGAACCCCUAGAAGUGGACGAUCUCAACUUCUAUCCAUGUACAUGUGGUUAUCAGAUCUGCCGGUUCUGCUGGCACAGGAUCCGCACCGACGAGAACGAGCUGUGUCCCGCGUGUCGGAAGGCGUACCCGGAAAACCCGGCCGACUUCACGCCCCUGUCGCAGGAGCAGAUCGCAGCAUUCAAGGCGGAGAAGCGACAACGGGACCAGCAGCGGAAGGCGAAAAUCUCCGAAAACCGGAAACAUUUAGCCAACGUGCGGGUGGUGCAGAAGAACCUGGUAUUCGUCGUCGGACUGCCGCCGAGAUUGGCAGAUCCCGAAAUUCUCAAAAAGCAUGAAUACUUUGGCAAAUACGGCAAGAUUCAUAAAGUUGUUAUAAACCCUAGUACAACGUACGCAGGAGUCCAGCAAGGCCCAUCGGCGUCGGCGUACGUGACGUACAUCAACAACAACGACGCCCUAAAGGCGAUCCAGAGCGUCAACAACAUCAUGCUCGACAACCGGCUUAUUAAGACCAGUUUAGGUACCACGAAGUACUGUAGUCACUUCAUGAAAAACCAAACGUGUCCGAAGCCGGAUUGCAUGUAUUUGCACGAGUUGGGAGACCAGGAGGCUAGCUUUACAAAGGAGGAAAUGCACCAAGGGAAGCACCAAGAGUACGAGAAGCGGCUACACGACACGAUGCAGGCCCAGUUAGGUCUGACGCCUGCCAGUGGUGGUGCGGGCCCGGCCGGAGGUACGACGGUGCCGUCCCUCAACGGUGGCCCGGCCGGGGUCGUCAACGGCAGCGGCAGCAACAGUACCAGUGGUGGUGUCGGCAAUGGCAACGGUAGCAGUGGCACCGGCGGCAACGGAACCGGAACCGGCACCACCACGAACGGUAUUAUUGCGAACGGUACAGGCGGCAGUGGCAAAACAGGUGAUUCUAAACAUAUUAGCGACAUAACCAAUGGACCUAUACAAAGCAAAGAAGCUUGGCCAAGCUUAUCCACUACGCCGAUCAACGGUAGCACUCAUGGCAAUGGAGGCGGCGGUAGCAAUAAGGAGAAUAAGAUUAACGGUAAAACAGUCGGUGGCAACAAGGAGAAUGCAACGCGUGGCGAUCGAAAGCAUGAAAAGUCCCGAACGAAAGGUGGCCGAAAGCACCGGAACGGCCGGGACACGGAUCGCGACCACCACAGUAGCAGCAAGGAGCACACCAAGGAUAGUCACAGUAAGCAACAGAAUUCCAACAACCGCAGCAGCAGCAAAGAUAGUACAAUUCCGGUGACUAGCAGUGCCAACAGUGUUGCCAGCAGCAGGACGGUGAGCAAUUCUUCUAGUGGUAACAGUACCUCCAGUACAACGGCCAUAGUAGGCAGUAGCAAUGGCAGUAAGGUGUCCGUCGCUGCUGUAGUAGCAGGUCUAGCCAAUGGGGAUGAGGUGAACAAAGAGGUGCAGAACAAUAGUAAAAACCUAUCGAAAGCCGCCCUCAACGGGUGUGUAAGCACAAAUGGUACAACCACCAACGGUGGAAAACUGGCCGCCGUUCAGCAUUUGGUCGAGGAUCUGGAUGACGAUGACGACGAGCUGGAAUUCGAGGAUCUGGACAACGACGCUCUGUCGUCGGACAACGAUGGCAAAACGAAUACGCCUUCGUUGAGUAGCAGCGGUUCCUCGCACGCUGGCGGUGACAGUGGAAGCACCCUGAGCGAAUCGCCUAGCGGUAAGAGCUCCCCGAGUGCAUUCCCCGAUCAACUGAACAAUGUGAUAACGACUGGCAGCACUGUGACGGCAGCCAGUUCGACCAGCAGUAGUACCUCGUCCGCCGGGGAAAGCGCCAUCACGACAGCAGCAACUCCCAGCAACUCGACGGCCAUCACCAAUGGUAUUAGUAGCAGUAGUAGCAGUAAUUACACCAGCACCUCCAUCUCCUCGCUGACCACGUCGUCAGGAACUGUGGUGCCCAGCACCGAGGAAACGACUAGCAACAGUACUGAGCAACCCGUGAUAUCGUCAUCUUCGUCGUCUUCGCUGUUUGGCAACGAUGAAAUCACAACUGUUACGACAUCCGUGGCGGCGACGGCGGCCAACAAACAACAGCAGCAGCAGCAACAGCCGACAAAUGGUCUCAACAAAAUCAACAGUCUCAUCGACAGCAGCACUUCACGAUUCUCCAAGUUGGGCAUUUUCGAUGACAACAGCAGUUUCUUCUCUCACAGCACGUUCGAUCCGUACAGUUACAACAAACUGGAUGGUGUUGUGAAUGGUAAUCUGGACAGUAGCCAAUCCGCCGGUCUCACGUCCUCCCAGCUGCCGGAUCUCCUCAGCGGUACCAACGAUACCAACGAGCAGCACACAAAGGAGAUCCUCAAGAACUUGGGUAACCUUCAGCAACAGCAACAGCAGCAGGCGCAGCAGCAACAACAGCAACAUCACUUGCUGAACAAUCUGCACCUGCAGCAGCAGCUGAAUGGACUCGGUCUUGGAAACGGUAGUGUCGACAGUCUCACGGGGCUCGGCACUGGCAAUACCGACGAUUGGGAGGCCGCCUUUAGCAAAUAUGUGAUGCGCAACAAACUGGACGUUGAACAUCACGAGGAACUCUUACGCAUGCAGGAAUUGCAGAAGCGUAACCUCAUCAACAGUGGACUGAAUGUGACGCAAUUUAAUGGCUUUAAUGGAGAUUAUUCAGACUACUUUCACAACACGAACGAACUUAAUAGUAGGUUACUGAGUCAACAACACCAGCAGCAGGCUCAUCAACGUUUACAGCAGCAACAGCAGCAGCAGCACUCCGAAUUGAGUCACAUCUACGCGGGUAACAUGUCAAAGUUCUUCGACUUUCACAAAAACCAACAACAGCAAGCAGCACAGCAGCAGAAUCCACCCUUUUUACACAAUGGACACUCCUCGCUGUCGGCAGCGGCGGACCCGAUGAAUAUCGCCAACUUGCUCGAGAACAGCCGGUUGAAUUCACACUUCCUAGAUCAACACUCGAAUGGUUUGCUAGGUUCCCAAUUACAGAAGCAGCGAAUGAUGAACGGCCAGCUGAAUGCUCACAGUAUCCUGUUGAACGGGGCAAAUCCACAGCAGCAGCAGCAGGCACAAACGCAAUCGCAGCAACAACAACAGAACAGUAGGCUUCACAGCUCACAGCAGCAACAGCAAUCACAGCAACAGCAGCAGCAGUAUCCACAGCAAACGCCAAUCGUAGAUGACGAUUUAGGCAAAAUUUUAGGCUUUGACCCGUUCUUCGAGACCCAGAAGGCGCUGGCCGAGUUGAUCAACGACGAGAUCAACCAGCAGCAGAUCUCGCAGAGUGCGGCAGCGGCCGCAGCUGCAGCCGCGGCAGCAGCAGCAGCCAACCACAGCAAGCUGAUGGAGAACGUUCAGCGGACCCGGAUGCCGCCGCCUGGCUUCAACCACAUGAACGCAUUCGGCUUCGGUGUACCGAGGGCGCAAGGUAGCAAAAUCCUUCCGUUCAUGAACCUAACCAACAGCGCACAGCAGCCGCAGCAGCAACAACCGCAGCAAAGCAACUGGGGUCAGCAACUACAACAGCAGCAGCAGCAACAACAACAACAGCAACAGUUUAUGGGAUUCCCACAGAAUGAGCAAGCUCAUCUGUCUUCAUCCCAACAGCAGAACGGACACAACAAAGCAGGUUACGGCAAUAACUUCACCGACUGGACCUCGUUCGAUCCGGCCAUCGUCUCGUUUCGUCAGUUUUCGUUCAUGAACGGACCCAACCAGCCCGGGGAUAUGUUUCUAUCGGCUCAGCAGAACCAACUGAAUCAGCAGAACCUCCAACAACCAGGACAAGGAUUCGGACACCACGGCAUUAACUUGCAGUCGAGUCUGAUGAACCAACAGCAACAACAGCAGCAGCCACAGCCAGGAAAUCCACAAGCACAGGUCAAUUUCUCGCACGCGACCUCCAACUGGCUGAACAGCGAGCAGAGCGCCUACAUGAGCAGCCUCGCCAAUGGAUUCGGCGCUGGAUCGAACUACGACAAGUUCUCCAUCCCGAUGCCACCUGGCUUCCAGGCUGCAGCAGCGGCGGCAGCAGCAGCCGCAGCCGCCAACAAACAGAAGGCCGAAUGCAUCAACUAAACCCGUCAGCAAGCCACCGCAGCCAGUGUGUAGAGAAAGUCUUAGCAAAGCCACAAACCCCCAUCUACUACCAUCCGUCUCUGUAGUAUCCGCAAAAAAGAAA